AUGGAUUCUAAAUAUGCAAAACGGAUGAGCUUCAUUUUUGCAUUUGGUGAGUCUGUUGGAUACGUGUUUUUUAUUAUCUCGGAUUUUAUCCUCAUUACGAGUGGCCUAAAAGCAGAAAGGAAGCUUUUGACUGAAGAGGAGGAGUCUAAGGAAACAGAAGGCGAAAUCAAGAAAAUUAGAAUGGAUAGAAUUAUGAGAUUGAUGGCUGUGGCAGCUAAUAUAGCUGACCUUAUAAUUGCCUUGGCUGAAAUUGAGCCGAAUACAUUCCGCAACCAUACUCUUACUUUAGGCAUAUUUAGUGGCUUAGUUUCUGCAUGGGCUGGUUGA